AUGAUUCUCCUCAUUUGGGCCGUCGUGCUCAUUGCCGCCUUCGUGCUGUUUUACAAACAAGCCUAUUCUUUGUUCAGCAAGCACGGAGUGAAGGGCUUCACUCCGCUGCCUUUCUUUGGCAACAUGGGGCGUAUUGUAAUAAAAAUGGAUCAUUUCUCGGACCAUAUACAAAGUUUAUACGAUUCAUUCCCAGAGGAAAGGUUCGUCGGAAGAUACGAAUUUCUAAACCCAAUGGUUAUAAUUCGUGACAUUGAGUUACUGAAGAAAAUCACGGUUAAGGACUUCGAGCAUUUCCUGGACCAUCGGACUAUCAUCAACAAGGACACCGACCCGUUCUUCGGAAGGAGCUUGUUCUUCUUGAGAGAUCAAGACUGGAAAGACAUGCGCUCAACGCUUUCGCCGGCGUUCACCAGUUCCAAAAUGAAGCUCAUGAUGCCCUUCAUCGUUGAAGUGGGAGAACAGAUGAAUAAAGCGCUAAAGCAGAGGAUACAAGAAGCAGGGGUUGGCUAUGUGGACAUCGACUCCAAAGACCUGACCACUAGAUACGCCAACGAUGUGAUCGCGUCCUGCGCCUUCGGUCUGAAGGUCGACUCCAUCACCGAGGAGAACAACCAGUUCUACGCGAUGGGGAAAGCCGCUUCCACUUUCAACUUCAGGCAGCUUCUAAUUUUCUUUGGUCUCGCAUCUGUCCCGAAGCUUGUGAAGAUUCUACGCAUUACGCUGUUUCAAAAAGAAAUCAAAACCUUCUUCAGGGAGCUGAUCUUGGGUACCAUGAAGAACAGGGAAGCACAAAACAUUAUCAGACCUGACAUGAUCCAUCUACUCAUGGAAGCUAAGAAAGGCAAGUUGAGGCACGAUGAGAAAUCCACAAAAGACAGCGACGCUGGCUUUGCUACCGUGGAAGAGUCCUCAGUCGGCAAAAAGGAUAUUAACCGAGUGUGGACAGACGAUGACUUGGUCGCCCAAGCGGUUCUGUUUUUCGUCGCCGGCUUCGAAACAGUAUCGUCAGCGAUGACAUUCCUGCUUCACGAGUUGGCUUUGAACCCUGAAGUGCAGGAGAAGCUGGUGGAAGAAAUCCGAGAAAACGAGAAAAACAACAACGGAAAAUUCGACUACAACUCCAUUCAGAACAUGGUGUAUUUAGAUAUGGUGGUGUCAGAGGUCUUAAGAUUGUGGCCACCUGUUAUUGCCUUAGAUAGAAUGUGCGUUAAAGACUACAACUUGGGUAAACCAAAUGACAAAAGCAAAGAAGAUUUUAUUAUACGCAAAGAUGUGGCGGUGGGUAUACCAGUAUGGGGCUUACAUCGAGAUCCCGAAUUCUUCCCGAACCCCCUGAAAUUCGAUCCCGAAAGGUUCUCAGAGGAGAACAAACACAACAUCAAACCCUUCAGUUACAUGCCAUUUGGUCUGGGACCUAGGAAUUGUAUAGGUUCAAGGUUCGCUUUGUGCGAAGUCAAGGUGAUGACUUACCAACUCCUCCAGCACAUGGAGAUAUCUCCGUGCGAAAAGACCUGCAUUCCCUCGAAACUCAGCAAGGAGACUUUCAACCUUCGCCUUGAAGGCGGUCAUUGGAUCAGGCUGAAGAUUAGAAAUUGA